AUGUACUUUUCUGAUAAUGAGCUAGAGAGUUUCUAAGCUGCUGAUGGAAUGCAAGGGCAAUCUUAUUUACACAUAUACUUGUUCAUGAGCUCUGGCAGGUCCUUAUCUAACUGUGGAACAUAGCUGAACACGUAGGAUUCCAUUUUGUUUGAAAGCCUGUCAAAAGGUUAGUUGCUACAAUACUAGUCCAAAUAGCUCUUUGAACUAAAAGUAAAAACUAGCAUGCCUAGGCCUAUCCCUAUGAAAAGCAAUGUACCCAAAAAUGAAUAAACCGUAUAGAGAAACAAGGACUUGCACCCUCUUGAAUUAAUUACGCAAAACCCGAGACAAGAGAAAAUUAUAGCAAUACCACUAAGUACCAAAGUGCCAUAGUACAUUCCAUUCUUGAAUUAAUCUGCUUUUUGA